ACGUAGUUUGAGAAGCUUCCCAUGGCUGUACCGGAGGAAUUUAUAUCUGGGACGUAUACAAUGGGAGGCUCAUCGAUGCCCAGGUGUGGUUGAGGGAUGGCUCCCUAUUCGUAAACCCAUGUUAUGUAUGAUCAUGAUCUGGUGAUUGAUGCUCACUCAGAGGAGGAGUUGGAGGUGCUGCUGCUGAACCUGGAGUUUGCCCCCAAGCGGUGGGGUCUUACCAUCAGCCCAACCAAAACGAAGCACCUGCCUGGAUGGCUUCGCACAUUCAAUUGCCGUUCAUCAAACGAGAGAAGGACGAGACCGCGGGCCUCGGGAUGUGGCCCGACUCGAUGGAGAGGCCGGAGGACGUCGACGCCGCGCAGGAUUUGACGAUGAUUAAAGCCGAGGGAGCCAGGGUGAGGCCGGAGGAGGCGGGAAGCUCCCACGGAUUCCUAGCCGCCAGGGAUCGGAGCUUCAUCGACGCGGAGUCGUCGCCGAGGAACGUCGGCCAAGGUGAAGGCAGCUCGGUGGGGCCGCUUUGCGUGGAGUGCCGCAGGGACUUUGGCGGGCGAAUGCGAACGAAGGCGGACGGGGCGAAAAGACCGGGCCAGUCGCCGCGCGGCUGCGCCCAGUGCGGCAAGAAGCUCGGCGCCGUGUCGUCGUACGUCGGCCGCAAGAGACGAGCCGACGAGAGGCCGCGGCCGGGCGCGACGCGCGCGGACACGGGGCCCCUGCCCCCGCCGCUCCUGCCGCCCCUGCCGCCCCUGCCGCCCCUGCCGCCCGUCGGCACGUCGGCGGGGGACGAAGGGGCGGCGAGCGCCCCCGGCGAGAAGCGGCACGGGUGCGGGGUCUGCGGCAAGCGCUUCGCGCAGCGCUUCCACCUGGAGAGGCACUCGCGCACGCACACGGGCGAGAAGCCGUUCGUGUGCGAGGAGUGCGGCAAGGGCUUCGCGCAACGCUCCAACCUGGAGACGCACGCGCGCACGCACACGGGCGAGAAGCCGUACGUGUGCCAGGAGUGCGGCCGGGGCUUCUCGAAGCGCUCCACCCUCGAGAAGCACGCGGGCAAGCACCUGGACGACGAGAGCCCGCACGUGUGCGGGGAGUGCGGCAAGGCGUUCGCCCACCACUUCCACCUGGAGAAGCACUCGAGGAAGCACGCGGUCGAGAAGCCGCACACGUGCGCCGAGUGCGGCAAGGCGUUCGCGCAGCGCUCCAGCCUGGAGAUGCACGCGCGCACGCACACGGGCGAGAGGCCGUACGUGUGCCAGGAGUGCGGCCGGGGUUUUUCCCACUGCUCCUCGCUCAAGAAGCACUCGAGGACGCACACGGGCGAGAAGCCGCACGUGUGCAAGGAGUGCGGCAAGGCGUUCAUACAGCGCUGCGCCCUGAACAUGCACGCUCGCACGCACACGGGCGAGAAGCCGUACAUGUGCGUCGAGUGCGGCAAGAGGUUCACGAAGCGCUUCAACCUGGAGAUGCACUGCAGGACGCACACGGGCGAGAAGCCGCACAUGUGCACCGAGUGCGGCAAGGGCUUCACGGCGAGCACCGACUUGAACAAGCACUCGAAGACGCACACCGGCGAGAAGACGCACAUCUGCAAGGAGUGCGGCAAGAUGUUCUCGAAGCGCUCCACGCUGGAGACGCACUCCCGCACGCACACGGGCGAGCGGCCGUACAUGUGCGAGGAGUGCGGCAAGCGCUUCACGCAGCGCUACAACCUGCAGAUGCACUCGCGGACGCACACGGGCGAGCGGCCGUACAUGUGCGUGGAGUGCGGCAAGGGCUUCUCCCAGCGCUCCACCCUGGACACGCACUCGCGGACGCACACGGGCGAGAAGCCGUACAUGUGCGUGGAGUGCGGCAAGCGCUUCGCGCAGCGCUACAACCUGGAGAUGCACUCGAGGACGCACACGGGCGAGAAGCCGCACGUGUGCAAGGAGUGCGGCAAGGGCUUCUCCCAGCGCUCCACCCUGGACACGCACGCGCGCACGCACACGGGCGAGAAGCCGUACAUGUGCGUCGACUGCGGCAAGAAGUUCACGCAGCGCUACAACCUGGAGAUGCACUCGAGGACGCACACGGGCGAGAAGCCGCACCAGUGCAGGGAGUGCGGCAAGGGCUUCUCCCAGCGCUCCACCCUGGAGACCCACGCGAGAACGCACACCGUCGAGCGGCCAUACAUGUGCGUGGAGUGCGGGAAGAGGUUCACGCAGGGCUACGACUUAGAGAUGCAUUACAGAACGCACAUCGGCGAGAAGCCGCACAUGCCCCAAGAUUGCGGGAAGGGCUUCAUGUGAAAUUGUCAUCGGCGAGUGCGAGAUUUAUAACCGCCGUGCUCCGGUGGGGAAAACCGUUGAACCGCAGCGGGUUUCCCCCUUCGAAUUCGAAGCGAGGAUUCGAUGCAUGUGUCCGAGUAGUGAAAAUUGAUUUAAUAUCCUG